AUGGCCAGCCAGCUCUCAUCUCUUCCUUCUAGGAAGUCCCCACCAAGGAUGCUUCCAAGAGGUCAGCGGGCCUGGCAGCUGGCACAGGCCGCCAUCUUCCUUCUGGCCCCACAUCCCGUGACCUCCAAGCUCACGCGCAGCCUCGCUGACCUCCUGGCCCGGCUGUGCGCGCAUGCGCAGUUAGAUUAUGAUUCAGCUCCUCUCCUUCUCUCCCCAGCGUUUCUCCUGUCCCUCUGUGGACGGUUACUGCAGGAGUGCACUCAGGCCAUCAAGCACAAGCUGCCCUCUGAGCACAAAGCUUCGUGGAUGGGACAGCCCGGCGUCGUGGCUCUCUUCUUCUGA